AAUUGUGAAAGAGUAAGACGCCCUACAGUAACAAAUUGAUAGUUAGGUAGAAACACUCCUCACACAACUAUUGUGUGUAGUGUGAGAUUAGCACAAACAACAACAGAGUAGUAGUAUACUACUUCACCACCAACUGUUGUCUUCUCUUCUUCCUGCUAUCUUAAUUUUCAAUAUGGUAGUGGAUCCAAAUAACAAUCAUCCAUCUUUCUCCAACCUACUUCAACAAGGCUUUAUGGAUAAACUUGUAAGUUAGCGAAUGCCUGCUGCUUUUGUCAAAGAACACAAGAAAAUGUUGGCAAAGACAUGCCUAGUGAAAACUGAUGAAGGGUUUUCUUGGGAAGUGAAGUUAGUGAAGGAGACUUCUCAUUACUUCAUAUGUGAAGAAGGCUGGUCACGGUUUGUGAUGCAUCACAAGUUGGAGCUAGGAGACAUGUUGAUCUUCUUUCUCGUUGAAAAGUCGACCUUCUAUGUCCUGCCUUACUCCAAGAAAUCUGUUACCAACGUUAGACAUUUUGAGGAACUCAGCAGUUCUGACGAAGAGAACAUUCAAAUCGGACCUUCAAGAAUAUCGAAGAAAGUUAAAACAGAGUCAAUAGAGUCUUUAGGAGGUAAAUCCGACACAAAAGCUGCUAGCAUGCUCGAUGUGAGGAAGAAAGUUCUCGAGACUAAAGAAGCGAAAAAGGCUGCCAAGGAUCCUGAGAAACCUAAGAUGCCUGCAAGGUCUAUCUACAUUAAGCGAGAACGGAGGUCUGCCAGGGAUCCUAAAAACUGAAGAAGCCUGCAAGUUCUUUCUUAAUUUUCAAGGAGGACUUUAGGAAGCAGUUCAUGAAGGAUAAUCCAAAAAAUAAAUUUGAGACUGCUGUCAAUAGAGCUGGUGCAGAGAAGUGGAAGAAAUUGUCUGCUGCUGAAAAAGGUCCUUAUAUGGCAGAGGCAAAGAGAAGGAUGGAGGAAUACCAUAAGAGCAACGCUGCUUAUAACAAACGAGUAGCUGCUGGAGCUUCUAAUCAAGAGGAAUCUUACAAUUCAAUGUCCAAGGUUGAUGAUGAAGAGGAGGAGGAGGAGGAUUGAAGAUGUUUUAAAUGGAUGAGGAAAUUGGGGAGGAAGCUUGUGCAAUCUCUUCUAUACGAGGCCUCUUCUUUUACCAUAUAACACUUGCAAUCGUUUUUGCUGUUAUUUUCGGAGGGUAAAGAUGAAACUAGAACAGUUUCUUUCAUAGCUCAGUAGUUUAUGUACAUUUUACUUCAAUGCUGCUUAUUCCUAAUUCAGCCUAGGUGUUUGUCCUUCA